CAACCGCUGGAUCACUUCCAUAUCAAAUCAACAAAAACUAAAUUUAAAUUGAGUGCCAAAGUUGAUUAAUUUGGUAUUGUGAUCCCAGAUUAUUCUCAAUUUCAAAAAACCUAGAUUCAUUCAUUCAUUCCCUCCUUCUAAUCUAUCUGCUUCCCAAUCUCUCCCUAAAAAACAAUUCUCUUUUUCUUCGUUUAUUCCCAAGCAACAUCCCCUUAGAUAUAGGGGAUUUGAUCCUGCUCCUACCCAAACUCCUAACUAGUAUUCAUGUUGUGAAAUCUCAAACUACAUUUGGGUUUACAAAGACUAGCGUAAUUUUGAAGAACCCAGAGAGUUUGGGGUUGAUUUUUUUUAGAGGAGGGUAUUGAAAUCUUUGAGCUUUGAAGCACAAAUUAGAGAGGUUUUGUUUUUCCUUGGUGGGUUUGUUGUGGACGAGAUUAUAAAGGGUUAUGAGAAGAGCACAUGUUAGUUUGGAGAAACAAUGACUGGAGGGUCAUUGGGACUUCGCUCAGGGAGUUACGGGGCAUUGGAUAAACAGUUGAAUAACGUAGUUUCACCGAUCCAAACAGCUCGUAAGCCUUCCAAAAUGAUGAAGGAGAAGGAUUAUCUGUUUCCUUGGAUCUGUAAGUUCGUCGGUAGAAAGAAGGUUGGGAUGCUGCUUCUUUGUGUUGUUUCUGCUGCGGUUUUCUUAUGGGUACUCUACGUGGGCAAAGGUGAGGAUACUCGAGAAGGACAGCAUAUCCAACGUGUCAGUAUCAACAAUAGUAUAGUUAUGACUUUCAGGGAAUCUUCAGCUGAAGAUAUUAUGGAUAAUAGUAGUAGUUCUAUGGCAAAGGGGAUAGAGACAUCUUCAUUGGCUCCACCUCCACCUCCGCCUCCGCCUCCGCCUCCGCCUCCUCCUCCUCCUCCUCCUCCACCAGCACUUUUCCUAGGUUACACUCUUCCACCAGGACACCCAUGUAACAAUUUUGCAUUGCCUCCCCCACCUGCAGAUAAAAAGAGAACUGGUCCGAGACCAUGUCCAGUAUGUUACCUUCCCGUGGAAGAAGCUGUUGCCUUGAUGCCAAAUGCCUCGUCAGAUUCACCCGUUCUUAAAAAAUUGGAUUAUAUUUAUGAGGAAAAUUUAAGAAGAGAGACAGAGUUUGGAGGUUCAGACUUUGGUGGAUAUCCUACUAUAGCUCAGAGGACAGAUUCUUUUGACAUAAGGGAGUCGAUGAGGGUUCAUUGUGGGUUUGUUGGAGGAAUCAAACCUGGUCGUAACACAGGUUUUGAUAUCAAUGAUGAUGACCUUCAUGAUAUGGAACAGUGUCGUGGUGUAGUUGUUGCAUCUGCAAUAUUUGGAAAUUUUGAUGUCAUAAAUCAGCCAACGAACAUUAGUGAAUAUGCCAAGAACACUGUUUGCUUCUUCAUGUUUAUUGAUGAAGAGACAGAAGCAUCAUUAAAGGAAACUGGUAUCCUGGAAAGCAGCAAGAAAAUUGGUUUAUGGAGAAUUAUUGUGGUCCAUAACUUACCUUACAAAGAUGCACGGCGUACUGGAAAAAUUCCUAAACUUCUGGUCCACAGAAUGUUUCCCAAUGCUCGGUAUUCUCUAUGGAUUGACGGCAAACUUGAGCUUGUUGUGGACCCAUAUCAACUUCUUGAAAGGUUCUUAUGGAGAAAAAAUGCUACAUUUGCAAUUUCUAAACACUACAAACGCUUUGAUGUGUUUAUGGAAGCUGAUGCAAACAAAGCUGCCGGAAAGUAUGAUAAUGCUUCUAUCGACUUUCAGAUUGACUUUUAUGUGAAGGAAGGUUUGACUCCAUAUUCCGAAGCCAAGCUUCCCAUUACAAGUGAUGUUCCAGAGGGAUGCGUGAUACUAAGAGAGCAUGUACCCAUUAGCAAUUUGUUCAGUUGCCUUUGGUUCAAUGAAGUCGAUCGUUUUACAUCACGAGAUCAAAUUAGUUUUGCUACUGUGAGGGACAAAAUAAUGGCCAAAACAAAUUGGACAAUCAAUAUGUUCUUGGACUGUGAAAGACGCAAUUUCGUGAUUCAGAAAUAUCAUAGAGAUGUACUUGAACAGAAGGCUCAAUCUGCUCCCAUGGCUGUCCAUCCCCCACCACUUCCACCUUCUCCACCAUUUUCUGUACUUAAUCCCGUCAAUGAGUCAUCGUCCGAUAGAGUAUCAAGUUUACCAAGGAAGGCUUCCCCGAGGCGUAAUCGAGAGAGGAGGUCUAGGCGUCAUCGUAAAGUCGCUGCAGGUACAAAGGACAAUGAUUCGAGUUAAAGUUUUGUUCAGAAGAGUUACUUUUAUGCCUUUUCAACAACCCCAUUUAAAAUAUAUAUAUAUACACUGGGGCUAGGAUGGUUGUGCAGGAUGAGUGCUCUAAUUCUAUUUCCACAUAGUUCAUUUUCUCAUUCUUUCUUUUUCUUCUAUUGGACUUUCCAUUCAUUUUUCAUGUAUAUAGAGCAGACCAAACUAUAUCUAAUAAUAAUUGUUUUAUGGGUUGGUUCCAAAUUAUCAUCCCUUUUAUUACUUC